AUGAACAGAGUGGAAUGAUUUUGGAGAUUGAGGAAGACGAUUUCGAUUUUCGAGUUGCUAUGACGGAAAUGGAGGAUAGUGAGGACAGUGAUAAUUUUGAAGUUUCGCCUCUACGGUGUGAUAUGGAUUGUGAUAUUGGUGUGAUUUUGGAUGAGCUUCAGGGGGGUGCUACAACACUUUUCAAAAUGAGGGACAAACUUAGAGAUUUCCUUGAAGCAUAUCAUAAGGUAAGUAAGGUGGAUGUGUUUGAUUCUUAUGCUCUUUUUUUCCCUUUGGAAGCACUUUUUGUUCCUUCUUCAUCUUCUAGUUUGGACUCCUAG